AUGGAUGAAGAAGACACCACCGGGGCCAAUAAAUGCCCUGUCUGUGGAAGUGAUCCUCGGACCCAUCCUGGACUUCGCUUCAAGAUCAACACGAAAUGUUACCAUCGGAUAUGUGAAGGAUGUGUCGAUAGACACUUCUCCAGCGGCAAAGCAGAGUGUCCCGUGGGAGGCUGUCAUGUUAGUCUCUGGAAACGAGAAUGGCGGACGCAGACAUUUGAAGACCUGAAGAUCGAACGCGAAAUCGAGAUUCGCAAAAGAGUCAACAAAAUUCUUGAUCGGCGGGAAGAUGAGUUUGAGACGAAGCGCGACUAUGACGACUUUCUGGAACUACGAGAAGAGUUGAUCAUGAAUCUCGUCUUUCGCACUGACGUCGCUGCGACGAACCGCAAACUUAAAGAAUACGCACAGGCGAACGGCAUCAAGACAGAUCCCACAGAGGCGACCAGCGAGCCUGGAGUGAAAGCUGUCAAGAAGAAGGACGUUGCCCCCGAUGCUGCGGACCCUAGCGGCUUGAUCAAGGGAUUGAAGAAGAUUGUCCUUGCCAAAGCAAAGGCACCCUAUGACCCAUUCAUGGGUAUGCCUCGGACCAAAGACUACUACCAAGUCGACGACAAGUAUGUCAGCAAGGUCAGAGGCAAACCGGCCGAUGCCAUGCUGGCUGGAGGGUAUGAUUUUGCCGAAUAUAUGGACGAAUGUUUGCUGCGGGCGUUUGCAGGGCUUGGAGUCUUUAUCGAGGACGAGAUGUCCACCAGAGAUAACACCGCUAUCCCGAUUCCCGGUGCAGCAUGA